AUGCAAUGCAGCUGGCGAAAGCUGGACGACGAGUGGACAUGUUCGCUCUACGGGCGUGUCCUAUCCUUGAAACAGGACUCGGACUCACUUUGGUACAGAUCGUUCAAACCUUCGUCUGUCGAAUCAUCUACGCUUCCUACUCCCCCUGUCUCUAAUGCGACAACACAACGUGCAACUCCCGACGACGACGAUACAGAGGCUUUGAUCCAUCAUUAUUUCAAUCUAGAGUAUAAUCUGUCAGAUUUAUACGAACAAUGGGCAGCCUCUGACCCGAAUUUCAAAAAGAAAGCAGUGCAGUUUGCUGGUAUCCGGAUCAUGAGACAGGAUGCUUGGGAAACUCUCGUGUCUUUCAUUUGCAGCAGUAAUAACAACAUAGCUCGUAUAUCCCAGAUGGUGGAAAAGCUAUGUAUCAACUAUGGCCCGUUUAUUGGCCAAUUGGGCGACCAGAAAUAUUAUGAUUUCCCGGAGCCUUCAGCCUUGACUGGUACCGGUGUUGAAUCCCAUUUGCGGGAGCUUGGGUUCGGGUAUAGGGCCAAAUAUAUCUAUCAGACCGCAAACAUUGUGGCAAACCAACGGGAGCCGGGAUGGUUGAACAGCUUGCGGAAUCCCGAAAAGCCUGCCUUUAACGAGAAGCCUGCAACACCUGGGUCCGGGGCUAAGGGUGAUGAAUCCGGGUAUAGAGAGGCACAUGAACAGCUGCUUGCUUUACAAGGCGUUGGCCCGAAAGUCGCGGAUUGCGUGUGCCUAAUGGGCCUCGGCUGGGGAGAGUCAGUUCCUGUUGAUACUCAUGUCUGGCAAAUUGCUCAACGUGACUACAAAUUUGGAAAGGGGAAGCAGAAGACUCUAAAUAAAGCAACAUACGAUGCUGUUGGUGACCAUUUUAGAGAGCUAUGGGGCAAAGAAGCCGGCUGGGCACAGAGUGUUCUAUUUACAGCCAAUCUCAGAUCGUUUUCGGACCGAUUGAACCCCAAAACUGAGCUCCACGACCAGUCUACAGAAACCCUUAAAGUUGAGUCGAAAGUAGAAGCAACGCAAGUGAAGGAAGAGGCGGAAGAAGAUGGAAUUCGAGUUACCACUCGAAUCUCCGUCAAAAGGGAACUAUCUGAAGGUGAAGAUACGGGGCCUAAAGCUAACCCUAGUGCUUUUGAGCCUGUGCCGAAGAAGCGAAGGACACGAGCAUCCAGGUCACGAAAGUAA